AUGAGUGGGAGGCUGAAGGUAGUGGUCCAGAAACAAGAGAAGAUGGGGGAUGUCCUGAUAGGAGCUUCCCAGGGUUUUGUCUUUGCCACUGAGGAGAUCAACAGAGACACCCACCUGCUCCCCAACCUCACCCUGGGAUUCUCCAUCUGGGACUCUGGGGACUCUGUUGCUGGGGCUCUCCGGGGAACCAUGGACUUCCUGACUGGGCAGGGGGAGCCGGUCCCCAAUUAUAACUGCAGAGCCCACCCUCCUCUGGCUGCCCUCAUUGGGGAACUUCGUUCUGCUCUGUCUGUGCCUAUAGCCAGAUGGUUGGGACUUUAUAAAUUUCCCCAGGACCAGGAUCCUAGUUCCCUGUGGAAUAGAACAGAGACUAGAGGAGGCCACUUUUGCACAGGAUCAGAACACUUACAAAACAAAGAUGUCCCUGCACUGAAUGUGGAAAAACUGAGUAUGACUUACAGUGCCUACAAAGCAGUGUACAGUAUAGCCCAUGCACUCCAGGACCUGAGUUCCUGUGAAGUAAGAGAAGAACCUACUGGAAAUAGGAUGUGCCCAGAUGUUAAGACCUUAACACCCUGGCAGCUCUUGCAAUACAUCAGGAAGGUACAUUUCCAGACACCUCAGAAAAGUGAGGUUUUUUUUGAUGCCAAUGGAGAUCUUUCUUCUGUGUAUGAAAUUCUGAAUGUACAGAAAAACUCUGAAGGUGGCUUUCAUCUGGUCAAUGUUGGCUAUGUGGACUCUACAGCCCCACAUGGAAAAGAAAUUAUUGUCAAUAAGAGUGCCAUCCAGUGGAAAGGAGGAAAGACCCAGGUCCCUCAAUCAGUUUGCAGUAAGAGUUGCCCUCCGGGAUCCAGCCGGGUCCGGGCAAAGGGAUGGCCCCAUUGCUGCUUUGAUUGUGAGCCCUGCCCAGAGGGACAGUUUGCAGACCACACAGACAUGCAGUGGUGUGCAAAGUGCCCAGAGGACCAAUAUCCAAACAAGCACAGAGAUGGCUGCCUUCCCAAAGUCCUGACUUUCCUGGCCUAUGAAGAACCUUUGGGGAUGACUCUGUCUUGCAUGGCCCUUACCUCCUCUUUUCUCACAGUCAUAGUUCUCAUGAUCUUUGUGAAACACCGAGAUACCCCCAUAGUCAAAUCCAACAACAGGGCUCUCAGCUACAUUCUGCUUCUCGCCCUCACCCUCUGCUUCCUCUGCUCAUUUCUCUUCAUUGGCCGCCCAACUACAGUAAGCUGCCUCCUCCAACAGAUGACUUUUGGAAUCAUCUUCACAGUGGCCAUCUCUUCUAUUUUGGCAAAAACCAUCAUUGUGGUUCUGGCCUUCAAGGGUACAAGGCCAGGAAGCUGGCUUAGGAGGUGGGCAAGGACCCGAGUGUCCAAUGCUAUCAUCCUCAUCUGCUCCCUCAUCCAAGUGAUCCUCUGUGGGGUCUGGAUAGCCACUUCUCCUCCCUUCCUAGACGUGGUCACUGACUUUGAGCCUGGCCACAUCCUCAUUGUUUGUAAUGAGGGCUCCAUUACUGCCUUUUACUGUGUUCUGGGCUACAUGGGAUUCCUGGCCUUAGGGAGCUUCACUGUGGCUUUCUUGGCUAGGAACUUGCCUGACACCUUUAAUGAAGCCAAGUUCAUCACCUUCAGCAUGUUGGUGUUUUUUAGUGUCUGGAUCUCUUUCCUCUAUGCCUACCAAAGCACCAAGAGAAAGACCAUGGUGGCUGUGGAGGUCUUUGCCAUCUUGGCCUCUGGUGCUGGGAUGCUGAUCUGCAUAUUCAUCCCCAAGUGCUAUGUCGUUCUCUGGAGGUCACAUCAGAACACCCAAGAGUGGUUGAAGGGCCACCCUCAUUCCAGAGGGGCAGUUUCACCUUAA